ACAGCCUUUGCGGGUCGGGGGCCCGCCGGCGGUGGCGGGGUGGUGCGCGCGUGCGCAGUGCGGCGGGAGUGUCUGUGGCGGCGGCGUCCGGCGGGCGCGGAGCGGGGCGCGGACGGCAGCGAGGGCGCUUCCUCCGCGGCCUCAGUUGUACAGCAGUAGCUGCUUCUGAACUAUGGUUGUUUAAGAAUUACUUCAGUUAAACUCUCUGAGAAUGAAAGUGGUGAUAACUUUGAAGAACGUCUCUUUCUUGGUUGAAGCAUCUUCCAUAGCCAGUCCUCCAAGUACUAAAAAAGAAAAACUUCAAGGCCAUUAUAGGGGACUUCUGUAGACGUUCAUUGCUACCAGAACACUUGAGAGAGUUAGGGAAAAAAAUGACUUCAUGAACUACGAAGGAUGAAAGUAAGCGCGGCGUGAGCUUCAAUGCUUUUGUCCACAAAAGCUCUUAGAGAAGAUGGCUGAUGUAAGCCUGAAGGAAGCAGCAUUAAUACUUGGUGUGGUAGCAGCCUGCUACUGGAACAGUCUCUUUUGUGGCUUUGUUUUUGAUGAUGUUUCAGCAAUUUUGGACAAUAAAGAUUUACAUCCUUCUACUCCUUUAAAAAAUCUGUUCCAGAAUGACUUCUGGGGGACUCCAAUGUCUGAGGAGAGGAGUCAUAAAUCUUACCGUCCCUUCACAGUCCUCACAUUUCGCUUAAACUACUUGUUCAGCGAAUUAAAUGCAAUUUCUUACCACUUCCUAAAUCUGGUCUUUCAUGUGGUGGUUUGUAUAGUCUUCCUCAAGGUCUGUAAGCUUUUUCUGGACAGCCAGAGCAGUAUAGUUGCAUCCUUGCUCUUUGCAGUGCACCCAAUACAUACUGAAGCGGUAACUGGAGUUGUGGGCAGAGCAGAACUUUUAUCAUCUAUAUUUUUUCUAGCUGCUUUUUUGUCAUAUACUAAAUCCAAAGGGCCAGAUAAUACCAUAGUGUGGACUCCGAUUGCAGUGACGGUGUUUCUAGUUGCUGUUGCAACAUUGUGUAAAGAACAAGGAAUAACAGUAGUGGGAAUAUGCUGUGUAUAUGAAGUAUUUAUUGCUCAAGGGUACACCUUGCCAGUGCUGUUGGACACAGCUGUACAGAUUCUUCGAGGGAAGGGCAAUAUCCCUUUCUCUGUGCUCCAAACACUGCUAAAGCUCAUUGUCCUUAUGUUCAGUACACUGCUUCUUGUUGUAGUCAGAGUCCAGGUUAUUCAGUCUCAACUUCCAGUGUUUACAAGGUUUGAUAACCCAGCUGCUGUAAGUCCAUCUCCAGCAAGGCAGCUGACUUUCAACUACCUCCUCCCUGUAAAUGCUUGGCUUCUUCUCAACCCCUCAGAAUUAUGCUGUGACUGGACAAUGGGAACUAUUCCUCUUGUGGAGUCUCUGUUAGAUGUCAGAAAUGUUGCCACUCUUGCAUUCUUUUGCUUUCUGGGAUCUUUGAUUGUCUUCAGUCUCCGAUAUCCUGGGGAUUCCUCCAAGACUGUAUUGAUGGCACUCUGCUUAAUAGUGUUACCAUUUAUUCCUGCAUCAAACCUUUUUUUUCCUGUUGGGUUUGUAGUGGCAGAACGAGUGUUGUAUGUUCCUAGCAUGGGAUUCUGCAUUUUAGUAGCACAUGGAUGGAAGAAAUUAUCCAAUAAAAGUGUGCUAAGAAAGAUUUCUUGGGUGUGUUUGGUUGUGGUACUAUUCACUCAUGCCUUAAAAACACUGCACAGAAACUGGGAUUGGGAGUCAGAGUACACGUUGUUUAUGUCAGCUUUAAAGGUAAAUAAGAACAAUGCAAAACUAUGGAAUAAUGUGGGGCAUGCAUUAGAAAAUGAAAAGAAUUUUGAAAGAGCUUUGCAGUUCUUCAUACAAGCCACCCAAGUGCAACCAGAUGAUAUUGGUGCCCAUAUGAAUGUAGGAAGAACUUACAAAAAUUUAAACAAAACUAAAGAAGCUGAAGAAUCAUAUAUGAUUGCCAAAUCAUUGAUGCCACAGAUUAUUCCAGGUAAAAAGUACGCAGCAAGAGUUGCUCCUAACCAUCUGAAUGUUUAUAUCAAUCUUGCAAACUUAAUUCGAGCAAAUGAAUCUCGCCUUGAAGAAGCAGAUCAAUUAUAUCGACAAGCAAUUAGUAUGAGGCCCGAUUUCAAGCAGGCUUAUAUCAGCAGGGGAGAAUUACUUCUAAAAAUGAACAAACCUCUGAAAGCUAAGGAAGCUUAUCUUAGAGCUUUAGAAUUAGAUAGAACCAAUGCAGACCUGUGGUACAAUUUGGCAAUUGUUUACAUCGAACUAAAAGAUCCAACAGAAGCUCUGAAGAAUUUCAACCAAGCACUGGAACUGAACCCAGCACAUAAACUGGCAUUGUUCAACUCAGCACUACUAAUGCAGGAAUCUGGUGAUGCUCGGCUUAGACCUGAAGCUAAACAAAGACUUUUAAAUUAUGUGAAAGAAGAACCACAGGAUGCAAAUGGCUAUUUCAAUUUGGGUAUGCUGGCAAUGGAUGACAAAAAAGAUACGGAAGCAGAGGCUUGGAUGAAGAAAGCGAUAAGGUUACAGCCAAACUUCCGAAGUGCUUUGUUCAAUUUGGCACUGCUUUAUUCUCAGACGGCAAAAGAAUUGAUGGCAUUGCCCAUCCUGGAAGACCUACUAAGAUAUUACCCUGAUCAUACCAAAGGUCUGAUUUUAAAAGGAGAUAUUUUAAUGAACCAAAAGAAAGAUAUAAGUGGUGCAAAAAUGUGUUUUGAAAAAAUUCUGGAACUGGAUCCUAACAAUGUACAAGGAAAACAUAAUCUUUGUGUGGUUUACUUUGAAGAGCGAGACUUAAAGAAAGCAGAAAAAUGUUUGGUUGAAACUCUAGCGUUGGCACCUCAUGAGGAAUAUAUUCAGCGUCACCUAAACAUAGUCAGAAGUAAAAUUGCAUCACUCAGUGCUGCGGAGCAGUCAUCACUUCCGGCAGAUCGGAUUGCAGCUGCAGAAGGAAAAAAAAAAUCAUUUGAAAAUUUGAAAGAAGUAAAAAAUGAGAAGAAAACCACCCAAACAACAGUUAAAGGGCAGUUAAAAAAUAAGAAACAAACAGAGAAAAACAACAUGGACAAAGAGACUCCCAAAAAAUCUACAAAAGAAAUCAAAGACAUUGAGAAGAAAAGAGUUGCUGCUUUGAAAAGACUAGAAGAGAUUGAACGUAUACUGAAUGGUGAAUAGCCUUUAUCAUGUCACAACAGAGUAGGGAGAGAGUACUAUUUUUUAAUUAUUGUUUAAUAUGUGGUCCAACUGGAAAGUGGACUCAGUGCUUUGAAAACAGUAAUAAUGGCAACUGCAUAUCACUUAAGCAGCAAAAAGCAGUUCUACAGUGCUUUAUGUGAGAAAACUGCAACUUUUAAAUCUGGGAGAUGGAUGGGGAUAGAAGGAUAAAGGGUUGAGAAUAAUAUAAGUGCAGAAACUUUCAAUAGUGAGAAAGUGGAACUCUAAUAUUAAAAAUUAUUGGUAGCCAGGGAUAUUCAGUAACAAUGCUUUCAACAAAUCAGUGAAAGAGCUGAAUUGAAAGUUAGUGGAUUAAACCAGAUGCUGCUGCUUUUCCCCACAUAAACCUGUUUGUAUUUUCUACAUUUCAGUUUACACAUCAGCAGUGUAAAUCUUUCUAGACCUCUGUUAUACAUGAAAAGCAUUUUCUUUGCAUUAUUUGUUUUCAUAGCUUAGCAAAAAGUCAAUAAAAUACCACUGGUUAUAGUAUAUGUGUGUUAGACCAUAGGAUGAUGUAACAGCACACUAAAAUUAUUUCAGUUGUGUUCUAAAUACGGGAUGAUAUAAUAUAACCUUUUAUUUGCUCUUUACUUACAAUGCUAAUGGUUUGUACUGUUUUAUCUGAUAGAAAUCUUAUGGUGCUCUUAAGAUCUUUAGACUAUGCUUUUACUUUUAAAAGAAGUGUGUGUUUUUCUUCAACUGUCAAUCAUCUGGUUGUUUUUAAAAAUUAUGUAAACAAUGGGCAGUUUUACCACUCUUUCCGCAGUCCAUUGGAUGCUGAAAAAUGCACUUUUGGUACAGUAAUCAGUAUGCUAUGCAGUAGUCCUUGUUGACUUUGUAUUGAUGACUGUGGAUUGACUCCCUGGUGUAGUAAAUUAUUCCUUGUGUAUAGUAAACUGGUUUUACUAUUUCAGUCAUUGGAACGGUAUUUUUGGUCUCAUGACUUUUCACACAACUAAUUUAAAUAAUGAUUAGCCAUUGCUGAGGGCAGUCUGAUGAUAAUUAAGUCAUCGAAUUUAGCAGUUUAAUAUGAGGAAAUGUGGAUAAUACACUUCCAAAUACCAA